GCUACUGUCUUGUUUUACAAAACCCUAGUCUCCCCUUCCUUUCCCCCCAAACCCCCCAAACAACUACGAAAAACCCUCGAGAACAAAAGUUUCAGCUCCGGGGGUUUCCGCCAUAACCCAGCAACAAUGUCGAUGUCGAAGAGCUCCAAGAUGCUUCAGUACAUCAACUACCGGAUGCGGGUCCACAUCCAAGACGGCCGUCAAUUGGUCGGAAAAUUUAUGGCUUUCGACCGUCACAUGAACCUCGUCCUCGGCGACUGCGAGGAGUUCCGGAAAUUGCCCCCUACGAAAGGCUCCAAAACUAAGGAAGAACGAGAGGAUCGCCGCACUCUCGGCCUCGUCCUCCUCAGGGGCGAAGAAGUAAUUUCCAUGACUGUCGAAGGCCCUCCUCCUCCCGACGAGUCUCGUGCUAAAGCUGCCUCAGCUGCUUCGGCAAUUCCUGGCCCGGGUAUUGGUCGGGCUGCGGGCCGUGGUGUUCCCAGCGGGCCGCUUGUUCAGGCACAGCCCGGUCUUGCUGGCCCGGUUAGAGGAGUUGGUGGGCCUUCUCCGGGGAUGAUGCAGCCGCAGAUUUCUAGGUCGGCGGUUCCUCAGGUGUCGGCUCCUCCGAUUUCGUACCCGCAGCAGCCGCCUCAGGUGGUGAGGCCUGGAGGGCAAAUGCCACCGCCACCUAUGCCACCUAUGGGGAGAGGGCCGGUGCCUAUGCCGCCACCGCCCCAGUUUAGGCCUGGGGGCCCACCUCCGCCUGGGCAGUUCCCGCCUCAGUUCGGACAGAGGCCUAUGGUUCCUCCACCACCUCAGUUUAGGCCAGGGGGCCCACCUCCGCCUGGACCACCUCGACCUGGGAUGCCUGGAGCUCCUCCACCUCAGUCUCAGCCUCCUCGUCCCGGUAUGCCCCCGCCUCCACCUGGUGGUGUGUUUGGACCACCUCGUCCAGGAAUGCCGCCUCCACCUAAUGCUCCACCGCAGAACCAGCAGUAGUUGAGAAUAUGAUUUAUCAGGAAUUUUAUAGAUCGCCAUUGAAGUCAGAUAUUCACCUGAGAGGAUGUAGUUGGUUGGCUGCCUUUGAUAAUCUAUGUUAGCAUUUACCAGUGAUUUGUACUUGUGAGAUGUUUUCUCCUUAAUGAGGCUUCCUUUUGUGAUGUUACUUUUGCACAUUGUGACCAUUGCCAGAAUUGUCCCCUCAACUGAUUAGAAUUUUUGAUGUACGUUCCAUGGCUUUUUAGUACAUAUGAUGCUGACUGAUAUUAGAAUCUCUUUCCCUCCCCUUCUCUCUCUUUCUGUGGAGUUAGUGAUACUGGAAAUGAGAAAAAGCUCCAAGUAUGUGGAGGUAUUAUCCUUGUUCAUUUUCUCUA